AUGUCUAAUCAACGUUUGUCGUUAGAUAAAAGGACUUACACAGUCACAUUUAUUUUAUCGUUGGUUCUAUUAGUUUGUAUAGUACGUGUGUUUACUGGAAGCAAGAAAGACACGAAAUAUGAUGAUCUUAUAACCACUGGCGGUGCAAUACGGCGUUCUCUUUCUUUCACUAUUCCUUCUCAAAAAACAACAGUUUGUAAAACUCAAGAAUGCAAAGACAUUGCGAAAUACGUGAAAAGAUCAAUGAACACUUCAGUUGAUCCUUGUUCGAAUUUUUAUAAAUUUACAUGUGGCGGUUGGAUAAAAAGGAAUCCUAUCCCAAAAACAUCUUCAAGCUUUUCAACCUUUGCUAAGCUCAACAGUCGUGUAGAGAAAGCUUUGAGGAAAAUUAUUGAAGAUAAGACAGGAAAGUACGACAAUGAGUAUACCAAAAAGGCAAAAACCUUUUAUAAAUCUUGUAUGGACCUGAAGAGCAUCGACCAUCUGGGUGCGAAGCCUUUGGUAGACUUGAUUCGUGAUGUUGGUUCUUCUAAACUAUUUGAUUCUAAACAUUGGGAUGAAAAGAACUGGGAUUUAAGACAAACCUUGCUCAAGGUGCAGAAGAAAUAUGCAUCCGCAGGCGGGCCAUUAUUCUCAGUCCAUGUUGGGAACGACCCUAGGAAUAACAAGAGACAUAUUUUGGAGGUAAAUCUACUGAAAUCUACUGAAAUUUUGUAA